GUGGUUUAAAUCUGUCAUAUCUACAUACAAAACAUAACCUAACGAACAAUACUUUUUUAGGAGAAAAUGAACACAAAGUGGCGGUAAAGUGAAGAAAUCAAAUAAAUUUUAUAAACAUUCUUAGAUGAAUUAUUAUUCGCAAUAUGACUACGACUACUAACGUCAGUUAUUGGAAGCGGCUAUGGUGUUGGACCAGCUCUGGAAGUCUUAGUAGUGAUGAACUCGAAGCAGUAUUGGACACGAAGGAAGUUAUAGAAUCGCUCCGCCAAGGACUCGCUAGCUACAAACCCAAUAAACCUGAACUGUAUGCUCAGUUACAGAGUAAAUAUCCUGACCAAACUAAACUAUUGAGCGUAGUUCAAACAUUACAGAAUUAUAUGGACAUUGACUGUUUUAAAUUAUGGGAUAUAAUACAGUCUUAUUUAUGUGAUAUUUCAUAUGGUACACCAUCAAAUGCUUUGAAAAACAUUGCCUUUGUGGAUACAAGACCUACUUUCUUACUUCCCAAUAUAUGGAACUUCUAUUAUUCAGAAAGACUGUUCCUCUUAAAGCUACUGCAGUUCAUAAUAGAGAUGAAAGAUGACAGUGUUCAUAGUUACCACAAAGUGUUUAUGAAAAUAUACAAUGACAUAAAGGAAAACAUUAUGGAAUCACUUAUUAAUCAGUUUGAGAAAUUGAUAACCACUGCCCCUCCUCCUAGGAAGAUUCAGAAUGAUUUUAGCAGUGACACUGUGAGGCAAGAGUGGGCAGAGUCCAAUUUGAGAGAACAACUUACUAUUCUACAGACUCUAUUAUUACUUGUUAGUGAGAAUUCUAUUAGCGAUACACUAUUCAAUAAAUUACUCUCUUUAUUUAAAAAGCACAACUUUGGUAAAAACCAAGGAUACAAUGAACUUCUCGGGGAAACACAUAGAGAGUCCUAUAUGAGAAUCAUGUAUAUGGAAAUCUGCCUUUUUAUGGUUGUUAUGGAUGGGAAACUUAUUAAAAAUCUAUCAUCAUGGAUAGAGACAACCAAACAACAUGUGGAAUCUGAACUGACCAAGUUAGAGAUGAAUGUUGAACACAGUGCUAUGCUUAUAACAUGGAUGCUGCUAACAUUACAGAGUGAACAACAUUCAAGAUUAUUUGAGAGCCAGUAUCAACAUUUCGGCACUGUAGCACUUAGAAUGCAUGUAUUUGAAUUUUUACAAGAAAUGUUGAGUAGCUCUGUGUUUUCUGACAAUUCAAAAUGCUCAAAAAUUGCUAGACAACGCGUCUUUUGCCUUCUCAAUAACUUAUGCGACAAGUUUGAUGGGGAUGGCAUGCUGAGUCACCAGCCAGGUAUCAUGCAGCUCUGUGCUGAUCUCCUUAAAACGCCGGAUAUAGCAAGCCAGUUCUGGAAGUUGCAUAAGAAUGAUGACAAUUAUGGAGUGGUUUCACUUUGGAAUACUGCCCUGGAAUACUUCCCGUACAACUUUAACGCACUUUCUAUUUUGGCGGCAGCUUUAGGGCAAGCUGGGAAAUGUAGUGUCAGAAAUCUUAUAGCAGAAUUACAAAAUCUACCAGUUUAUACCGAGAUGUACAACCCUAACGCGGUACCUGUUAUGUCUUUACAAUCUGACGAUGGUAUAAUUGGCCGGGAGUACUACCCACUGGGUAAUCCCUCAUACCGCAUUGAACCAGGCUCUAAAGCUACUAUCAUGGAAAGGAAAGAAGGCACCAUGAUCCACUUCCGCACGCCGUACUCUUAUUGGACCGUGUUUAAUAAUGAGAUAGAGAAAGCAUUAGAUCGUAAGCAGCACCAUCAACACAACAUUAGUGUAACUUUAGAGAGAGUGUACGAAGGGACCAAAGUCUUGAAAGGUGUAUUAAAAGCUUUAGUGGAAGACAAUGAGAUUCCAAAGAACCUAGUGGUGCCAAGCGAGGGUGUAUUCGAUAUGCUCGUACGAUUCAUGCGAGCGGACGAACCCGCUUUGCCACUACUAGUCGAGUGCCUCCAAGUUUGCACCACUUUAAUACCUAUAUUUCCUAAAGAAAUACACAUGAGGCUUAUAAAUACAGGUUUACUGCCACGGGUGCUAAACCAAAAGCUUUCCCACGUGGAGUACGCGAGUGGCGCUUCGUUUGACACAGCUGCUGUAGGAUCUUAUUUGAUCACAAUUGAACAGCCUACUGGCUCAUAUAAAUUCUUGGGAGCUUACAUUGACUUGUUGUGCGCUUUUCACGAGAUUUCAAUCGACGAGCGCAUAACGAAAGACAUCAUUCUGCCCGGCCUGAUACUAACGUUGCGAGAAGUGUUUCCCAAUGUAUGUGGGUGGCGCUACCGCAACACAGAUGAACGGCGUUGUUUGUUGCAACGUUGCGCCAAGUUCCUCACUCUAGUGUUACAACAUUCAAAAGAUACAAACGAUAGUAUAGAGCUACUGAAACGCACAUGUGUUUACAGCUUAUUGCAUACAGAGAAUGCUUUAGAAUUGUUGAAGAUAAUUUCCGUUGGCAAUAUCCAAGUAGAAAGAAUGAUGCACAACGAAACAAAUUGGACGUCCGGUACGGGGUUCCACUAUUUAUCCACAUUGCAGAGAUGUGUUGCACUAGUAAUGUUUGCGCUUCGAUUGAAGUCAUUAGUUGUUGAAAAUGGUGACAUGACGCCAUUGGAGCAUUUGAUAUUUGCACAAAAUAAACAGAAGGAUUCAUUGAAAGUAGUGCCUAAAGUGACUAGCUACAUAAAUCAUGCGUUCAAUAAGAACUUACCAGUAUUAUGUUGUCGGUUGCUAAAGAAGUUUGCUGAUAGUUUCCAAAUGUCUUUAUUCUCAUCAUUGGACAUGACUGCAUAUCAAGUGCGCGUUAUGUUUUUAGACAGAUUACGUGAUAAAUAUGAAACCAUUGACUUGAAAGUCUCUAUCCUAGAGUUUGUAGCUACUUGUGUGGGCAAACAACCAGGACUAACGGAAGCAUUCUUCAUGAUGAACCAUGAAAAGGCAAAGGCUGACGAAAACAAUAAAGAUACACCAAAAUCAAAAACUGAGCCUGAUGAUAAUUUUGAGGGUAUUUUAGGUUACAUGGCCGAUUAUUUGGGCACUGUAAAAUCUGAUGCUAAAUUACUACAUAGUCCUUUACUUGGAUGUAUUAUGGAAUUGUUCCAUGCACUGUGGAAAAAUAAUAUGCAAAUCUUAGUAAAAAAACUACGUGAAAAUCCAAAAUUCUGGGAACAUAUGACCAGUCCUUUAUUCAGCGAAAUUCAACCCAAACUGAGAACUUACGCUCAAAUAUUCAAUGUCCUCGGUAUUGAGCUAUUUACAUCAAGAGACAAACUAGAACCUAAUUUAAUAGAGAUGUUAGAACUAUUUUUCGAUACUGAUAAAAAACAUCUAGAUACAUGGAUAGAUUAUAUAUUUGCCUUUAAAGGUAGGACUAAUAUAGACGAAGUAAUAGAUAAAGUUCCAAUUUGGUUGGGUUUGUUGACCUCUUGGAAGGAUUUUACGACAAUAUUUUGUAAAUGCCUUCCAAUAUGCCUGAAUAUAGCGCAUAAGGCUAAAAUGGUAGCUCCAUGUAUGAACGCUUUGCUGAUUGAAUUAGAUGAUCUGAAAGAUAGCCGAUUAGUCGUUAUACUCGCUGAAUUAUAUGUCAUAAUGCUGGCGAAUUGGAAAGACGAUUGUUUUGAUAACAGAAAAGCCAGCGCUAAGCAAAUAGAUAGCCUUCUGACUAACACGGCUAUUAUGUAUGAAUGUUUGCAUCCCAGAGCUGUUCGAGCGAUACUCUCGAUUGGUACAGUGGCUAUAAGUAGUUUAGAUUAUGAGAUAAAAGCCAACAGUGCAACAGCGCAAAGCAUUAUACGAUCUGUGACUAAUAUCAAUAGUAUCGAACUAGAAAAUUUAUUUGAUGAUAUAAAAGAAGUACCGAAAAACGAACCAAAGCUGAACGGUAACAAUACAAACGAGAACAUUCCGCCUGUGGUUUUAUCUCUAGCUAUGUUGGAACAAUGUUUAGAUUUAUAUGACGAUACCUUUUCCGGGCUCUCACAGUGGUUUCAAUCGAGUAGAUUCAUUAAUAAAUUGCUGUGCUGUUUGCAACAGUGUUUACAAAACCGUCGGCAUUGUCAUACCUCUUUGGCGGCUUUACGUUGCUUAACAGCUUAUGCAAGAGGACCGUUUUCUAAAGACUUGCUCAUGAGCGAUGUGGAUCAAUUUCUUUGGCUGCAGCUAUUGCCGCCUAAGUUUGAUACUAACGGUGGUCCAUUGGCGUGGAAACCACACGAGUGGUGGCGUGUAUACGCCUACAGCUUGGACUUCAUAUCCAUGAUGGUGAUGAAGCACGGUCAAUUCUUUGUCAGCGAUGCCAUCACGUUCGUAGGUGUGCAUUUGGAACAUCUGAUAGAGGCAACCUUGCUGCCUCGACAAGUAUUCAACAUUGAAGCGUUAAAUCUUUGCGCCUCAGUAUUAAAUCUUAUAGUACAACUUGUGAAAUAUGAAUCAAGAUGGCGGAUACAGAAUAUAAACUCAUUGAUUGGAAUAAUGCGUAGUAUUAGUGCCUGUUUUUAUCAGUGUGUGACGCUGAUGCUCCGCUCGCGUCGGUCAUCUGAUCCCACACUACAAGCAAGCGAGGAAUCUGUCAGUCAAGCGCCUUCUCUAUUGCACAGGACUCUGGAAGUGUUACAUAUGUCUACUCUGUGUCUGUUGGCCUUCAGUCCGGACCUCCUGUCCUUGCUAGCAGAUCCAGGCCUCGAUUUGGAGCGUUGGCAACCACUAGUAGAACUACAUUUUGGUGCACCAAAGAUAACUUAUGAACCAUUCCCCCAAUUGACAUUUGGAACAUUAUUAUCAGCAAUAUGUUUGCUAACUAGAUCCUUAAAUCAAUCGUACCAGUUCGAGGAGGGCAGCGGUUGGCGGUCACCGCGCGGCCGGCGGCGGGCGAGCGGCGGCGGCGGCGGCGGCGGCGGCGCGGGGAGCAGCCCCGAGGCGCGGCGCGGCGGCCGCAGCGAGUCGCUCACCAGCGUCAGCUCGGCCGCCAGUGGCCACGCGCUGCCCGCACUCGACGACCGACUAGUGGGUGCCGCACUCGCUGCUACCGCCGCACUUCUAGCCUCACAGGCACUACUUGCGGUUCGUGACCCAAAUGUGCCCUCACGGCACAAGCAACUCGUGCGACGCGAACUCGGCUCUGAGCUGGCUCCCUUCCAUGACUUUGUGCGCAAACGUAUACUGUGCGCCGCUCACGGCCGUCCCUACCUCAUGCGAAACAAGCUCGACGCGUGGCCUCUACGAUCUAACGAAGAAGAAAUUAAAAGAAUAGAAGAAGCCAGGAAAGAGAGAAAUGCAACCAAUGAAGAAGAUGAUAGGCCUCCGCCGCCGCCGCCGAAGCGCGUGAGCCAUGACUCCAUGCGCGAAUACAUUCUACGCAAACACUAUUUAGACAAGUGCGCCCAAACUCCGAGCAAAGGGCCGCAUUCUCCCGUCUCCCAUUCUACACCGACUUCUGAUAAAAAGAAAGAAAUGUCCAGAAGCUCGAAACGCGUGUCGUGGGCGGAAACCACGAGGGACAAUGACGAUACUUUCGACACAUCGUUGCAGGACAUCGAGCCAGUCUAUUCGAAUCUUACUGAUGUACAAAUUAAUAAUGACGAGGAUUAUUUCCACUUUAUGUCUGUUUUAUUUCUUUACAUAUGUCAAUCUGAAUUGUAAUUUGUCUUCUAAAUAAUAAUAAAUAUUUUUCUACAAUAACUGUA